AGACAUUCCCACAUACCAAAUUAAGCGUCUUUUCCCCCCUACAUUGGAAACAUCGCUCAAGAAUAUUAUUGCUGUGACUGCUGCUUGACAUCGAUAUUUUCUUUGAGGAUCGUGGUGCCAUUCUCUAUGGUAUUCUGGGUGUCCUGAAAUACACCUUACUGUAAGAAUUGUAAUAUACUAAGUCUACUUUUAGAGCUUGGAAUGAGUUCGGAGAAACAGUCUGCUGGUCUUCUUGACACACUAAAAAUGGAGAGGGUUAGAACUAUUCUAACCCAUACCUACCCUUAUCCUCAUGAGCAUUCCCGCCAUGCCAUAAUUGCUGUUGCUGUGGGUUGCCUUUUUUUCAUCUCAUCUGACAAUAUUCAUACUCUUGUAGAAAAAUUAGACAAUAAUAUUAAGUGGUGGUCCAUGUAUGCUUGUCUUUUUGGGUUCUUUUAUUUCUUUUCAUCACCAUUUAUAGGGAAGACUAUCAAGCCAAGCUAUUCAAAUUUCAGUCGAUGGUACAUAGUCUGGAUUUUAGUGGCAGCUGUGUAUCAUCUUCCUAGCUUUCAGUCAAUGGGGGUGGAUAUGAGAAUGAACCUGUCUUUGUUUCUAACAAUCUACCUCUCUUCUAUCUUAUUUCUACUUGUCUUCCACAUUAUAUUUCUGGGCCUCUGGUACAUUGGCCUUGUUUCACGUGUGGCUGGAAAAAGACCAGAGAUCUGGACCAUUCUUCAGAACUGUGCAGUUCUUAGCGUGGCAUGCUGUGUGUUUUAUAGUCACUGUGGCAAUCGUGCUAUCUUGAGAAGAAGGCCCCUUGAUCGAAGAAAUUCUAAUUGGUUUUCUUUUUGGAAGAAAGAAGAGAGAAAUACGUGGCUUGCAAAGUUCAUACGGAUGAAUGAAUUGAAGGAUGAGGUCUGCUCUUCCUGGUUUGCUCCAGUUGGGUCUGCAAGUGAUUAUCCUCUCCUGUCUAAGUGGGUUAUUUAUGGCGAGUUAGCUUGCAAUGGAUCGUGUCCUGAUUCAUCUGAUGAAAUUUCUCCCAUCUACUCACUUUGGGCAACCUUUAUUGGACUUUACAUUGCAAAUUAUGUAGUUGAAAGAUCAACAGGGUGGGCUCUUUCUCACCCUUUAUCAGUUAAAGAAUAUGAGAAACUAAAGAAAAAGCAGAUGAAGCCUAACUUUUUGGACAUGGUUCCUUGGUACUCUGGAACAUCGGCUGAUUUAUUUAAAACUGUCUUUGACCUCCUUGUAUCAGUGACUGUCUUUGUUGGACGUUUUGACAUGCGUAUGAUGCAGGCAGCAAUGAGCAAGGUUAAUGGUGGAGACGAACAAGGUGAUCUUUUAUAUGAUCAUUUUACUGAAAAGGAUGAUUUUUGGUUUGACUUUAUGGCUGAUACUGGUGAUGGUGGGAACUCAUCUUAUGCCAUUGCUCGGCUGCUUGCUCAACCUUCCAUUCGUCUCAGGGAAGGUGAUUCUGUGCUCACCCUACUACGUGGAGACUUGCUACUUCUUGGAGGUGAUCUUGCGUAUCCUAAUCCAUCAGCAUUCACAUAUGAAAGGCGUCUUUUUGUUCCUUUUGAGUAUGCUCUCCAACCCCCUCCAGGGUAUAAAGCAGAGCAGAUAGCUGUAAACAAGCCUGAAGUACCCAAUGGUGCCGCAUUAAAGCAGUACAAUGGACCUCAGUGUUUUGUUAUUCCUGGAAACCAUGAUUGGUUUGAUGGACUUCAGACCUUUAUGAGGUAUAUAUGUCAUAAAAGUUGGUUAGGUGGGUGGUUCAUGCCUCAGAAGAAGAGUUAUUUUGCUCUGCAACUUCCCAAAGGAUGGUGGAUUUUUGGGCUUGAUUUAGCACUCCAUGGUGAUAUUGAUGUUUAUCAAUUCAAAUUCUUUUCAGAACUGGUGUUGGAAAAGGUUCAAGAGGAUGAUGCCGUGAUCAUUAUAACGCAUGAACCUAAUUGGAUUCUUGAUUGGUAUUGGAAUGCUGUAUCUGGGAAGAAUGUUUCACACCUGAUUUGUGACUAUUUAAAGGGAAGAUGUAAACUUCGAAUGGCUGGGGACUUACAUCAUUACAUGCGUCAUUCUCAUGUAAAAUCCGAGGGGCCAGUUCAUGUCCAUCAUCUACUAAUAAAUGGUUGUGGAGGAGCAUUUCUACAUCCCACCCAUGUUUUCAGUAAAUUUAAAAAUUUUCAUGGAGUUCCCUAUGAAUGCAAGGCAGCAUAUCCGUCCUUUGAAGAUUCAAGUAGGAUUGCAUUAGGAAAUAUCCUUAAAUUUCGAAAGAAGAACUGGCAAUUUGAUUUUAUUGGCGGCAUCAUAUAUUUUGUGCUGAUCUUUUCAAUGUUUCCACAAUGUAAGCUGAAUCACAUCCUGCAAGAUGAUUCAUUCUCUGGUCAAUUGAGGAGUUUCUUUGGCACAGCAUGGAAUGGAUUUAUAUACAUUUUGGAACAAUCUUAUGUGUCAUUAGCGGGAGCUAUACUACUGCUAAUUGCAGCAUACUCUUUUGUUCCAUCCAAGCUGUCACGGAAAAAACGGGCAGCAAUUGGAGUUCUUCAUGUUUCAGCUCACCUCACAGCGGCAAUGAUUCUUAUGUUACUUCUGGAACUAGGUAUUGAGACAUGUAUCCAGCAUAAACUACUGGCAACUUCAGGUUAUCACACUUUAUAUCAGUGGUAUAGAUCAGUGGAAAGUGAGCACUUUCCAGAUCCUACUGGUCUUCGCGCUAGAAUUGAGCAAUGGACAUUUGGACUCUAUCCAGCAUGCAUCAAGUAUUUAAUGUCGGCAUUUGAUGUUCCAGAGGUCAUGGCUGUUACAAGAAACAAUAUUUGCAAGAACGGUAUGGAGUCUCUUUCUCGAGGGGGUGCAGUGAUAUAUUAUGCAUCCGUCUUCCUUUAUUUCUGGGUCUUUUCGACUCCUGUUGUUUCCCUUGUGUUUGGAAGCUACCUGUACAUUUGUAUCAACUGGCUUCACAUGCACUUUGAUGAAGCCUUCUCAUCGCUUCGAAUAGCUAAUUACAAAGCAUUCACACGAUUUCACAUCAAAUCUGAUGGCGAUCUUGAAGUUUUCACACUUGCUGUUGAUAAGGUUCCAAAGGAGUGGAAGCUUGACCCUGAUUGGGAGGGAGAGCAGAAAAAUCCUCAACAGAUGAGCCAUUUGAGAAGGUUUCCCAGCAAAUGGAGGGCAGCUACAGCCCACCAAGAUCCAAUACAUACUGUUAAAAUUGUCGACCGUUUUGUUAUUGAACAAACAGAUAAGCAUGAUGUAACGUCAGCAAACAGGCCGGUUCAAUGAUAUGGUUCUCAUACCUGUAAUAUUAUUUAGGAAGCAAUUUUAAGAAAAAAAUAGUUAUUGCAACGUGAGAUCAGCUUAAGCCCCUAGUGCAAUUUUGUUGUUCGAAUUCGGCUGCCCCAAGAAAGCAAAUUUAAUUUCGACGACAAUAGAAUGAGGAAAGGGAUAGCAAAGGCCGGGAUUCCGGCGGGAUAGGUUAAAUCUGUUGUGGGAUAGGUUAAAUCUGUUGUGUGUGUAGGAUAGGUUAAAUUUGUUGUGUGUGUUUUUCUCUUUUUGUUAAAAAAUGUGAGAUAUUUUUUAAUUUAAUUUUACAUUUUAAUAAAAUGAUUACUUAUUUUUGAA